AUGCUGGCGACGUGGAUGGAUGCUAGCGGCCUCGUGCUACUCUCUGACGCGGGUCGCUCUAUGAACUUGACCCGCCACGCCUACGCCAUGCUCCUCGAUGCGGCGCAAGCCAAGCUCGUCGACGAUCACGACAAGGACCCUCGCGCCCAUGCGGUCGCGCUGCUGGUCGCUGGCGUCAUGGCCAUCGUCGUCGGCUGCAUGGCCAUGCGCUGUCGGCGCGCUGUGCUCGCGUCCGUGGCGUACAUCAUCGUGCUCGGCGUCUUCUGCUUCGUCACGGGCAGCGAUCCGUUCGCGCCUCUCGCCGUCCUUUUCGCCGUCAGUCUCGUCGCGGUCCUCGCACGCUCGGAAGCCCAUUUGACGCAUGCGCUGCUGCUUCCACUGGCUGCGGGCCUUCGCGUCUUCUCAACGUACUGCGUGGACGGUCUACAUACAGGCGCGACGACACGCCUCGAUUUCGUUGUCGACGCCACGGGCCUCGACGCGAGCGUUCUUCUCACUGCCUUGGCACUCAGCAGCGCCGGCAUCUACUGCUACAGCGGUCGCUUACUCAAGCGCUCGUUUGUCUUUGCCUCUCUCGCGGUCGUGCUCGGCGCAUGGCUCUCGGUCGUCUACGCACUCGGGCUGGCGUGCCUCCUCACGUGGUUGCAAAAGUUUGGCUGGGCAUUGCUGGCGUUGGUAUUUCUCGUUGAGUUUGCGUUCGCCGCCAUGCCAACGACGCCCGUGGUCUUGCUGCUUCGCGACGUCGGCGGCCUCUACGUGCUCGCCGUUGCGGGGCGGCGACAGCUGGUCAAGCUACUGACCAUCGGCCACGACGGUGUCAUUUUGGGCGCCGUCGCGAUCCCUUGCUAUGGUCUCGUCAACGAUAUCGUCCGCGUGAUGACUGGAUACGAAAUCCCAGGCAUUCUCACGGGGGCUCUCCUCGGAUUCGCCCUCAUGCGCUUAUCCAAGCAAGCUACGCAGGAGGCGGCGGGAAAUUAA